AUGUCGAACACCAUCAUCAUCACUGGAGCCAACGGCUCGCUGGCCGUCCCAGCUGUGGACUACCUUCUUGAGCAUUCGCCGAAAUCAACUUUGGUGCUCACGGUUCGCGACACCAGCGACGGCGAUGCGAAUACUAGCAAGCUGCGCAGCGUCGUUGCUAAGCAUCCCGGAGCUCUCGUCUCAAUCCGGGAGCUCGACCUUAGCCACCUCUCCGCCGUGCACGAUUUUGCUCGCGAUAUUGCGGCAGAGGUUGCCAAGGGGUCCCUCCCCCAGCUCUCUGGCAUCGUGGGCACCGCCUAUUACUGGAAUCUGGUAGGUCCGCUUGAGCUGACCGACGACGGCUACGAGAAGACAAUUCAGGUCUCCUAUUUGUCGCACUUCGCACUCGUCCUCCGCUUGAUUAAGAGCUUCCGGCCUGAGGGUGGAAGAAUUGUCCUGUUCACGAGCGACGGCCACGAGCCCGGUAAGAACGGGCUGGAGAAGAUACCGCCAGCGAUCUCUGCAGACCCGACCCAGCUUGAACUUCUCGUCAAACCCGCCAAAGAUGCAUCGCCCGACGCCCUUGGCCACGGCUUUCACCGCUACGCUAACUCCAAGCUCGCACUGGUCAUGUUCACACAUGCGCUCAACCGCCGUUUGCAGCAAGACGCCCAGCUGAAGGACAUCACCGUUGUGGUCACAAACCCUGGAAACUUGGCAGACUCGCGCGCUCUGCUUGUCAACACCCCACUCAAGCUGACCAUCUUGUCGAAAUUUGUACUCCGGCCCUUGCGGCCGCUGCUUAGCCUGAUGGAUCCAACUGCACGAACUGCCGCCGCCGCCGGGAUCGACGUUGCCCGCCUGGCUACCAAUGAGGCCCAUCCUGGCGAGCGUGGUUACUUCACGCUCCUCACGCCAGACCAGGGCUCUAAAGAGAGCCGGGACGAGACGGCACAAGACGCCCUCUGGUCGAAGAGCGUGCAGUGGGUGGGCUUGACAGCGCAAGACACGCCAUUGGUCAAGUAA